UUAGUGAACUUUUAUAUAUAUAUAUAUAUAUAUAUGAAUGUAAGCAAAAUGGGUGAAGCAGGGGUUUUUAGCAAAAUGGAGUCUUCAAGAUGGAGUCUUCAAGGCAUGACUGCACUUGUUACUGGUGGAACCAAAGGGCUCGGGCAUGCAAUUGUGGAGGAAUUAGCUGGAUUCGGAGCGGUUGUGCAUACAUGCUCUCGAACUGAAACCGAGCUCAACAAUUGCUUACUCGAAUGGAAAGCAAAGGGUUUUCGGGUUACAGGUUCGGUGUGUGAUGUUUCAGAUCAAACUCAAAGGGAGAAUCUGUUAAACACUGUUUCCUCUGAAUUCAACGGGAAGCUUAACAUCCUGAUAAAUAAUGUGGGAGUGAGUACAUCGAAAUCGGUGACGGAUUACACGGCGGAAGAUGUUUCGUUUCUGACGAGCACCAACUUCGAAUCGGCUUAUAACAUUAGUGUGUUGGCAUAUCCCCUUUUAAAAGCUUCAGGUGCUGGAAGCAUUGUGUUUAUGUCUUCAAUGGCUAGUCUAUUACCCGCAUACUUUGGGGCUAUAUAUGCUUCCAACAAAGCUGCCAUGAACCAGCUUGCGAAAUACUUGUCAUGUGAUUGGGCAAGAGAUAAUAUUAGGGUUAAUGCUAUUGUACCUUCGGUCGUCAAAACAGCCCUCCUUGAAAAGGUAAGAAUUAAUAAAGAAGGAUUAGAGGUUACCCUAAACCGAACACCAUUAGGACGGCUUGGACAGCCGAAGGAAGUGUCAGCUAUGGUGGCUUUCCUGUGCCUACCGGCGGCUUCAUAUAUAACAGGGCAGGUUAUUUGUGUUGAUGGUGGGAUGAACAAAAGAUGGAGUCUUCAAGGCAUGACUUCACUUGUCACCGGUGGUACCAAAGGCAUCGGGCAUGCAAUUGUGGAGGAAUUAGCUGGACUUGGAGCAAUUGUACAUACAUGCUCUCGAACUGAAACCGAGCUCAACGAUUGCUUACUCGAAUGGAAAGCAAAGGGUUUUCGAGUUACAGGUUCGGUGUGUGAUGUUUCGAAUCAAGCUCAAAGGGAGAAUCUAUUAAACACUGUUUCUUCUCAGUUCAAUGGGAAGCUUAACAUCCUGAUAAAUAAUGUGGGGACGAAUAUAGCGAAAACGGUGAUGGAUUACACGACGGAAGAUGUUUCGUUUUUGACGAGCACCAACUUCGAAUCGGCUUAUAACAUCAGUGUAUUGGCACAUCCCCUUUUGAUAGCUUCAGGUGCUGGAAGCAUUGUCUUUAUUUCUUCAAUUGCUGGUAUAACACCUGCAUAUCUUAUGCCUAUAUAUGGAGCCAACAAAGUAUUUUGAAGGUAAUAAAGAAUUAUUAGAGACAACCAUGAGCCGAACACCAUUAGCUCGGUUCGGAAAGCCAGGGGAAGUGUCGGCGAUGGUGGCUUUCCUGUGCCUACCGGCAGCUACCUAUGUAACAGGGCAACUUAUUUGUGUUGAUGGUGGGAUGACAGUGAAUGGCAUCUACUUUCCAAAGCAAAUUAGGAAACACCAUGAGCCAUGAGGCAACUCAAAUGUACUUUCCAAGUUAUUGGAUCAAAUAAUGUUAUAUUAUAAUAGAGUUAAUAUUUAUUGUUUAACAAAUAAUACAACUUUUACCA